AUGGCAACGGCGUUGACGGAGAAGGCCUUAGAGACUGCGUUAGACGUAACAUGGAUUGGCAAGAAGAGAGAUAUGCAUAUAGACCUGGCCCUGUCUAUUGUCCCUGUGGUUGUUGGUGUAAUUAUGGAUGCUGUUGUAACUGCGGACCUGGAUAUGAUUGCUGUGGAUACUGUGGUUACUGUGGACCAAUGUAUGGUUACUACCAAUAUUACUAAGUUAGAAUACCCGAUUCUGAAAAAUUCUAAAUAG